CCUUUCUGUCCCUCCCACCUCCCUACAAUAGCAGGAAGCGGCUAGUCAAAUGCAAUAGCAGGAAUCAGCUAGUGCUAGAAAGCUCGCUCUUUUCUCACCACCCCCUUCUUUCUCUCCUCCCACAACAAAGAAACAAAAAUGAUGAACGGCUACUCCAAGAUCCGCCAUGGCUCCAUAGAUCUAACAUCCGAACCAAACCCUUCCUUCUUCCCAAUCCUCACCGUCCCACAAAACUCCGACCUUUUCUUCUCCAAAUCCGAGAAUUCAAGCAGCCAUGCCACAGAUAAUCUUCGCAGAAGCCGCUCCUCUGUUUCUCAGAGAUUCAGCCAUGAAGACCAAAGUCAUGUCUUUGGUCUUCAGGCUGCGGUCCGAAGGGCUUUCUCCAUGAGACGGACCUCCGCAAUCGACAGCAGUUACUGGAGGAUUCAUGACGGCGGCAAUGGGUUUUCGACAGAGGAGGCAGAGGAAGGGGAGAAGCAGAGGCUGGGGAGGAAGAAGGGUUGGAGAAGGAAAGGAGGGUUUUUUGGGCUAUGUAAGAAAUUUGUGGGGUUCUGAGGAGCUGAUUGCAUGAAUCCAGGUGUUUUAAGUCUUAUUGGUUUAAAAUGGUUUCAGCUGUUUUGCUGAGUUAUGGAUCUAAACUCUGUAAAAAAUCUAUCUUUUUUUCUUAUGCUGAAAGUGUUUUGCAGAGGUUGUGCGCUAUUGUGAGCUCGAGUUAAUAAAGCUUUGCUUCUGUUUU